CCGGCGGAUCUGCGCCUGCGCACUGGGGGCAGGCCCGGCGAUGGGCCGGUUGCGAGCGGCCGGCUGUCGGCAAGAAACGUCACCGUGUCGCUGAUCGCGCGAGCCGGCAGAGCUCGGGCUCUGGGCCUGGACCUGGGCCGGGCGUGGCUGCGAGCUGCGAGGCUGGCAAACGGGGGACACAUGGCGCCGGCGUUCACCACGGGAGGUGAAGUAAGGAAUCGUCCUCAAGAUGAACUUAAAAGAAUUCUGCAAAAGCGCAUCAUGGUGUUGGAUGGGGGGAUGGGCACCAUGAUUCAGCAAUACAAACUUGGCGAAGAUGAUUAUCGUGGUGACGAAUUCAAAGAUCAUCCAAAACUUUUAAAGGGGAACAAUGAUCUUCUCAGCAUAACACAAUCUGAUAUUAUCUGCAAAAUUCAUAAGGAAUAUUUGCUGGCUGGAGCGGAUAUUGUGGAGACAAACACCUUCAGUAGUACAAGAGUUGCACAAGCUGACUAUGGAUUACAACAUUUGGCAUAUCGACUAAACAGAAUCUCAGCAGAGCUAGCCAGACAGGUGGCUGAUGAUGUGGGAGCACAAACAGGUAUCAAAAGAUAUGUGGCGGGGGCUAUCGGACCAACCAACAAAACGUUGUCAAUAUCCCCAUCUGUGGAGAGACCAGACUACAGAAAUAUAACAUUUGAUGAGUUAGUUGAAGCGUAUGAGGAACAGGCCAGAGGCUUGCUUGAUGGUGGUGUUGACAUCCUCCUAGUGGAGACCAUUUUUGAUACAGCAAACGCAAAGGCUGCCCUGUUUGCCAUACAACAGUUGUUCCUUGAGGAGUAUGAGCCCAGGCAUAUUUUUGUUUCUGGAACAAUCGUAGAUAAGAGUGGGCGCACACUGUCUGGUCAGACAGCAGAGGCAUUUGUCAUCAGUGUAUCCCACGCAGACCCGCUUGGCAUAGGAUUAAAUUGUGCUCUGGGAGCUGUGGAAAUGAGACCAUUCAUAGAAGCAAUUGGAAGAUGCACACCAGCCUAUGUAUUAUGCUACCCUAAUGCAGGACUUCCAAAUGCAUUUGGAGGCUAUGACGAAACACCCGGAAUCACGUCAAAACACCUGAAGGAAUUUGCCAUGGAUGGGCUAGUGAACAUCGUCGGAGGUUGCUGUGGAACUACUCCAGCUCAUAUACGGGCAAUAGCAGAAGCAGUCCAGAAAUGUAGGCCAAGGAUUCCUCCUCAUCCUCAUGUUUUUGACGACUUCUUGCUGCUUUCCGGUCUUGAGCCUUUCAGAAUUGGCCCAUACACCAACUUUGUUAACAUUGGAGAGCGUUGUAACGUGGCAGGAUCCCGAAAGUUUGCUAAACUUAUCAUGGAAGAUAAUUAUGAGGAAGCCUUGAAUAUAGCCAAGAUCCAAGUCAAUAAGGGAGCUCAAAUCCUGGAUAUCAACAUGGAUGAUGGAAUGUUAGAUGGCAAGAGUGCGAUGAUCAGAUUUUGUAACCUUGUAUCAACGGAACCAGAUAUUGCCAAGGUCCCAGUUUGUAUAGAUUCUUCAAAGUUCAGUGUGAUUGAAGCAGGUUUGAGGUGUUGCCAGGGCAAAUGCCUUGUUAAUAGUAUCAGUUUGAAGGAAGGAGAGGAAGACUUUCUGGAGAAAGCACGUAUAAUUAAACAGUUUGGAGCUGCUGUUGUGAUAAUGGCAUUUGAUGAGAAAGGACAGGCGACCGAUAUUGAAUCCAAAGUGGCAGUGUGCACUAGAGCGUAUUACUUGCUUGUGAACAAAGUCAAAUUUAACCCCAGUGAUAUCAUAUUUGAUCCAAAUAUACUCACUAUUGGAACUGGAAUGGAGGAGCACAAUCUCUAUGCUGUAAAUUUCAUCAAAGCGACUUCAAUUAUGAAGGGAGCAUUGCCUGGAGCCAGAGUAAGUGGAGGUCUUUCAAAUCUGUCCUUCGCAUUUCGUGGAAUGGAGGCAAUCCGAGAGGCCAUACACAGCGUAUUCCUUUACCAUGCUAUAAAGGCAGGGAUGGAUAUGGGAAUUGUGAAUGCAGGAAACCUGCCUGUUUAUGAUGAUAUUGACAAAGAACUGCUGGAGUUGUGUGAGAAUCUGAUCUGGAACAAAGACCCUGAAGCUACUGAGAAAUUGCUGUGUUAUGCACAGAAUCAUGCCAAAGGUGGAAAGGCAGCAGUAACUACUGACGAAUGGAGGAGGAAUGGAACUGUUGAGGAACGUCUCGAAUAUGCCCUCAUUAAGGGUAUAGAAAAAUAUGUUGUAGAAGAUACAGCAGAAGCAAAAGCCGAUCUGCACAGUUACCCUAGGCCCUUGCAUGUAGUCGAAGGACCUCUGAUGAAUGGGAUGAAAGCUGUGGGGGAUUUGUUCGGAGCAGGAAAGAUGUUUCUUCCACAGGUCAUUAAAUCUGCUCGCGUAAUGAAGAAAGCUGUGAAAUAUCUGAUCCCUUUCAUGGAGCAGGAGAGAGAGGAACUGCUGAUGCAGCCAGGCCAUUUCAAAGAAAUUUUGUCCUCGUUAGCCACUGUCAAAGAAAAAUGGCAAGCGUACAGAAGUGUGAAAACUGCUGGCAAUAAUUUCCGAGUAAUUGACCUAGGAGUUAUGACUCCAUGCGAUAAAAUACUCCAGGCUGCUAUCGAGAAUAAAGCAGAUAUUAUUGGCCUGUCUGGUCUCAUCACGCCAUCUUUAGAUGAAAUGAUACAUGUCGCUAAGGAAAUGGAACGGAUAGGUUUGAAACUGCCUUUACUGAUCGGUGGAGCCACAACCUCGAAAACGCACACAGCUGUCAAAAUUGCACCAAGGUAUAAUGCACCAGCAAUCCAUGUUCUAGAUGCUUCUAAAAGUGUUGUUGUGUGCUCUCAACUUUUAGAUGAUGACCUGAAAGAUGACUACUUUGAGGAAAUAACUGAAGAAUAUGAAGAAAUUCGACAGAAUUACUAUGAGUAUUUAAUGGACAGAAAAUACUUAACUUUAGAGCAGGCCAGGAGUCAAGGAUUUCACAUCGACUGGCUCUCCCAUCCGAAACCAGUGAAGCCGAUGUUUAUCGGCACCCGGUCCUUUAUUGAUUACGACCUGUGGAGACUGAUGAGCUUUAUUGACUGGAAACCUUUCUUUGACGUUUGGCAGCUGAAAGGAAGGUACCCAAAUCGAGGAUUUCCCAAAAUCUUUAAGGACAAAACAGUUGGUGAAGAAGCCAAGAAGGUUUUUCAAGAUGCGCAGAAUCUGUUGAAAAAACUGAUUGAAGAGAAGAAAUUGAAGGCCAGAGGAAUUAUAGGGUUCUGGCCAGCUCAGAGUGUUGGGGAUGACGUAAACUUGUAUGAAGAUGAUCAUUUCCCUCACACUGGUGAACCAGUGGCAAAGUUUCAUGGUUUACGGCAACAGGCCAAGAAGGACUCCCUCAGUGCAGAAAAAUACUGUUGCAUUUCCGACUUCAUUGCACCCAGGGACUCGGGAGUGGCGGAUUACAUCGGCAUGUUUGCAGUGGCUUGCUUUGGUGCUGAGCAGCUGAGCAAACAGUACGAAAAGGAGGGUGAUGACUACAGUAGCAUCAUGGUGAAAGCACUGGCAGACAGACUGGCUGAGGCCUUUGCUGAAGAAAUGCAUGAAAGAGUCCGUAAGGAAUUUUGGGGCUAUUCCCCUGAAGAAAACCUGACUGUUACUGAUCUGCACAGAAACAAAUAUGUGGGAAUCCGCCCAGCACCAGGGUACCCAAUCCAGCCGGAUCACACUGAAAAGAUAACAAUGUGGAAACUGGCUAACGUCGAGGAGAGCACAGGAAUUGCAAUGACAGAAUCCUUGGCCAUGACUCCCGCAGCUGCUGUCUCAGGGCUUUACUUUUCCAGUACAGAAUCUAUGUACUUUGCAGUUGGAAAAGUUACUAAGGAACAGAUUGAAGAUUAUGCAGCCAGAAAGCAGAUGAGAAUAGAAGAUGUAGAGAAAUGGCUUGGACCCAUUUUGGGAUACGAUACUGAUUCUUGAUACGUCAACUAUGAUUUGUCUCAAUUGAGCACAAUAUGCUAUAUUAGUAUUAAACAUUAGGUCUUCCUGCAUUUCUUCACUAUGGUGUUAAUAAUGUUACAAAAAGUCUAUUUGCAACAGAAAUUCUGACCACGGUAUUUCUGAACGCAACAGAAUUUAUGAAACUUCAAUGUAUUUAAGGAUGGAAUUAAACAAUAUAAGAA